AUGGUGCUUCUUCUUCUUCUUUGGCGAUCACCUGUAGCUGAGUAAGAUUGCCUUCCAUAAACAUGGUUUUAACAAUGAGUUCGUAAGCGGCUGUGGAGGCCAAUUCUGGAUCCACACGUCCUUCCACAGUGGGGACAUUGGUUUCCGGACAGGAGUUGAUCGCGGUGUGGAUUUGCCAAGUGUGCCUUCCUCUUAGCACGUUGCUCCCUUUCGUCCUGAGUUUGAGCGUCUUCAAAGUCCAUGACACUGGCUUGCAGGCCAGUGUAUCCCAGUUGUCGGUGUUUAUACUACAUUUUUUUUAGAUUUGCCUUGAGAGAGUCUUUAAACCUCUGUUAUUGACCACCAGCAUUACGCUUUCCAUUUUUAAGUUUGGAAUAGAGUAGUUGCAUUGGAAGACGAUAAUUAGGCAUCCGCACAACAUGACCAGUCCAGCGAAGUUGAUGUUGAAGAAUCAUUGCUUCAACACUGGUGAUCUUUGCUUCUUCCAGUACACUGGAAUUAGUCCGCCUGUCUUCCCAAGUGAUGCAGAUAAAUGAACACAGGGCCUCAACAUCAACUGUUUAGUGCAUUAUUUGGUGCAUUAUUAUUGCUCUGUGCCCUGGCGCAUUUUGGUUAUUGCUUUGAACUAAGCUGGGUGGCGCUGUGGGUUAAACCACAGAGCCUAGGGCUUGCUGAUCAUAAGGUCGGCAGUUCGAAUCCCCGCAACGGGGUGAGCUCCCGUUGCUCGGUCCCUGCUCCUGCCAACCUAGCAGUUCGAAAGCACGUCAAAGUGCAAGUAGAUAAAUAGGUACCACUCCGGCGGGAAGGUAAACGGCAUUUCUGUGCACUGCUCUGGUUCGCCAGAAGCAGCUUAGUCAUGCUGGCCACAUGACCCAGAAGCUGUACGCCGGCUCCCUCGGCCAAAAUAGCAAGAUGAGCGCUGCAACCCCCGAGUCGUCUGCGACUGGACCUAACGGUCAGGGGUCCCUUUACCUUUACCUUAAGCUCCUUUAUAUCUCUCUGUCUUUUGUAAUGGGUGUCUUUACAUGUUUGUAAGCCACCUUGAAUCUCCACUUGGGGAGAAAGGUGGGGAUAUAAACGUUUUGAAUAAGAAGAGGAACUUUAAUCCAUUCGCCUCAGGGGCGGAACCUUCCUUGCCCGACUUCGCGAGGCAACCGGGGACGGUUUGCCGUUGCACACUUCGGCUUCCUCCCUGCCGCCGGCAAGAUGGCGGCGCCCGCGUUGAGAUGCUGCUGGAGGACAGGUGAGAGCUGAGAAGUGGGGCGGCUGCUUUCUGUGUCCCCCCCCCAGCCCCUCCUCGAAAUAUUUUAGGGCUGAGGGUCUCUUUUCCCGAGAGCCGGCUCCCAUUGAGGUCGGUGCAUGUGGGUUUUAGGUGAGAGAGGCGUCCCCGCUUCCCCGGUCCUGGAAAACGUGCUUUGUUUUGGGGUUUGUUUGGGGGGUUUUGUGUGUGCUUGGUCUCCCUUUUGCGAGGUUUUAAGACAGAAGGCGCCGUAGUUAGCAGGGUCUUCUGCUCCUCCACUUGUAAGCAAAACCCCAGAGAACUCAAAUGGGACUUACUUCUAAGUAGACGUAUAUAGCACUGCCAGGGCUGCCAGAAAAGGCGGCAGAGAAGCAAUUGUUUCCAGCAAUAAGGGCUUGGAUUGCAUUUAUGUACAAAUAAGCUGUAAACAGAUAAGAGCAUUGGUAGGAUUAUUGAAACAACCUGCAGUUUUAUAAGAGUAUACAGUAUGUUUAAAGCGGAUGAACAAAUGAGCAAAUUGAGUUAAUUUGGAUAUGCAGAAAAUAUUUUCAAAAAUAAAUUUAAGGAACCCCAGAAAGAGGGUUUUGAAAUGUUUAAAAUGAUCGUAAAAUUAUUGAAAUGUACAAGAUUGAAAAUCGUUUUAAAAAAUUGGAAUGCAUUUAUUUAUUUAUUUUACUUGAUCAGAUUUAUACACUGCUCGAUUGUCAAACCAACCAACCAACCAACCUCGAAGCGGUUUACAAUAAGAGAAAACAAAAGAAAGGUUCGCCACACUGCUUUAAAGCAUGCAAAAGUUUAUGAAAGGCUUGUAGGGAAAGACGUGUGUGAGGAUCAGUAUAGUAAUGGAAUUUUCAUUUCAUUUCAUUUAUUAAAUUUGCAUACUGCCGCUCAACCGGAGAUCACAAGGUGGUUCACAACAUAAAAAGACGUAAUGAGAUACUCUUUGUUUUGCUGGGAUUUUUCUUCUUCUUCCAGAGCCAGGUUUUGGUUUCUCUUCCCUAAAUUAAUGGAAUGUACUGUUAAGGUGGGACGCGGGUUAAACCACAGAGCCUAGGACUUGCUGAUCAGAGGUCGGUGGUUCGAAUCCCCGCGACGGGGUGAGCUCGCGUUGCUCGGUCCCUGCUCCUGCUAACCUAGCAGUUUGAAAGCAUGUCAAAGUGCAAGUAGAUAAAUAGGUACCUCUCCAGUGGAAAGGUAAACGGCGUUUCCGUGCGCUGCUCUGGUUCACCAGAAGCGGCUUAGUCAUGCUGGCCACAUGACCCGGAAGCUGUACGCCGGCUCCCUCGGCCAAUAAAGCGAGAUGAACGCUGCAACCCCAGAGUUGGUCAUGACUGGACCUAAUGGUCAGGGGUCCCUUUACCUUUACUAUUAAGGUACUGUAGUUUGUUCUUGAGAACCCUAUGGCGGCAUUAUACCAUAUGAGUGGUAGUGUUAAUUGCUGCACACUGUGUUUAGUCACUUACCUAAAAGGACUAAAGUUGGUGAAUCAAUCAUGAUUUUUAUAUGUGGUGGCCCAUAACUUGCAUUGAACUUGGAAGGGUCCCACACCGGAACUCGGGCUGAUAACUUUAGCAUCAAUAAGUUUCAUUAAAAUACGAACAUGAGUUAGAAUGGUGCAUGAGUUAAAUACCACACUUUACAUGCCAUAUUCCUAAUAGGUGUACUCAAUGUAACCACCCCUCAGGUAGUUGGGUUGAGCUCCCUAGCGCUAGAGUUACUUCUUUAACCUGGAAAACAUCCCAUAUCAUAGCACAUUUUUGCUUACUGAUGGACCAACUCAUUCUAUCUAAGCAGCCAAAUGGAUUUUGAUGACUGGAGUAAAAACAGUUAUUCUCUAGAUUCUAACAUAACUCAAUGAAAUAAGAAACCUUUUGGUGUUAUCAUUUCUGGCAGCAGACUGAAUGCUCCUCUACACAAAAAGUUCCUUUCAGAAAGAAGACUAGGGAAGAAUGUGUUCUAACUUAGCCUCAAACAUGACAUUUCGUUUUCUGUGUGGAGGCAUGUUUUAAUGGAUGAACGUUCAGAUAUGUGAGCACCCAUCUGCAGUCAAGAGCGGUGAAGACCAGAGAAAUAAGUGAGAACUGUACCAGAAAUCUCUCUAGUUGGAAGCAUAAACCAUUGAUUUCAACAAAUUUUACUUCCAAGUAAGGCUGUGUACAUAUUACCAGCUUAAAAUGCAGUUAAAGGUAAAGGGACCCCUGACCGUUAGGUCCAGUUGUGGCCGACUCUGGGGUUGCGGCGCUCGUCUUGCUUUAUUGGCCGAGGGAGCCGGUGUACAACUUCUGGGUCAUGUGGCCAGCAUGACUAAGCCGCUUCUGGCAAACCAGAGCAGCAAACGGAAAUGCCAUUUACCUUUCCGCCGGAGCAGUACCUAUUUAUCUACUUGCACUUUGACGUGCUUUCGAACUGCGAGGUUGGCAGAAGCUGGGACCAAGCAACGGGAGCUCACCCCGUCGCGGGGAUUCGAACCGCCGACCUUCUGAUCGGCAAGUCCUAGGCUCUGUGGUUUAACCCACAGCGCCACCCGCGUCCCAAAAUGCAGUUAGGUUGUUCUUUUUCUUAGUUUACUUCAAAGCUCAUCAAAAUGCAGCAUAUAGUAAGAAAUGACCGGAUAGAUGCAGUAUAAAUAUAAAUUCUGACUAAUGUGUGUGCACUCCUUCCCAAAUCAGUGGUGGAGAGAAGUACGUAGGCAGCUCAAGCGUGCUCGGUCCUGAACCUUACAUAGGCCUUUUGGUGUCACAUUUAAUCUAUACUGUACUUUUGUUUGGAACUGUUUUAUUUGUUGUUAUAAUUGUGUAAUUAUAUUGUUAUAACAUGCAGUGGGAAAAUACGGUGCAAGGAGGGUAAGAAAUCAUAUAUCCUUGGAAUCACUAAAUGCAAAGGCCUAUUAAUGCCAGUUCUGUCACAUAACUUCGUUUGCAGCUUUGCUGAUUCCUGGCUCUCAUUAGCAUGGUUUCUCUCUCCCCCCCCCCCCCGUCUUUCAACAGUUUCAGCUCAGUGCCCUAGCCGUAUUUUCCCCAGAAUUGGUCAGCAUUCUGCAGUGCUUCCCAGUUUUGCCAGUUUGCUGAUUUCCAAUAGACACUAUGCUGCAAAGUAAGUAAAUAACUUUUAUUUCUUUUAAACUUACUAAUAAAAGACACUUGAAAUCAAAGUAUAAAUAGCAACAUUGAAUAGGUUCAGGCAAGCAUGUCACUGGUAGCUGAGUUCAGAAAGGCAACCUGUUUCUGGGGCAGGACUCGGUCCCCAAGAUCUCCCCAUACUUUUCAUUUAAUUUUUUAAAAUUGUUUUCAUAUCUGUUCUUUUAAUUGUUGUUUUGUUUGUAUUGUAGUUAGGGUCCUUAUUACAUUGCAGAGCAGUGGGAGAGAGAGGUGGGAAAAUAUUGUUAAAAAGGUGUAGUACAUCAGUGUAUUCAAAUCUGAAUUGCUAAAUUGUGUUAUUAGUGAUAUUAUGGUUUUUGUUGUAUGUGUCUUUUGCGGUUGAUUUUUGUAUCGAAAAAAUGAUUAAUUUUUUUUUAAAUAAAAAAAAGGAUAUAGAUUUUCUUCUCAACAAAAUAAGAGAAUGAUGUGACACAUUUGCGGGUCCCAAUCUGCUAGUUGAAGAUUAGUGCUAGACAAUUGGUUUUAUUUCUGGGUGUGAUUGAAGAAAGAGAACCUAUUAUCUGGGGGAAAGUUUAAAAAUAAAGUAUCCAAGGGGAAGGAAAAGCAGUGAGUUCAAAACCUGGCAGGCAGUUUUCUAAAACAAAGCAGCCUCCAUGGGCACCUUGAAAUGUUUUGCUACGGAUUGAGGCAGCUCUCCUGUUUUAGUUCCACCUUCCAGCCAUCAGAAACAUGUGUUUUUAUAGUAAGUGUAUUGAGCUGGGCUCUUUUAUUUAUCACUUCCAUUUCCUUAAAGAAAAGAGAAAAAACCCAGAAGGGACCCCAAAAAGAAGACCGCAGAAUCAGAGCCCAAGAAAAAAAAGGACCCUUACACAUUUCCCUUGCCAAGUGAGCCAAAGGACGAUGUUUAUUUGACGUGGUGCUAUCAAAGGCCAGUUUAUGAGGCAGAAGUGGCUUUAGAGAUGUUGAAGACGUUUCAGCAACUGGACUUCACUUCCCCCAAGCAGCACGUUUACAUCGAUAUGACCCUGGACAUGGCAAUGGCGAAGAAGGUACGCUGGGAAAGCUUCAUAGUUUGCAAGUACUGUAUUAGUGGCUGCUUUCCUUUAUAACUGAAAUUAUUUCUGGGACUUUGAAAGUUAGUUUGUUUUUUAAAACACUCAGUGCAAUUUUUCGAAGUUGUUCAUUCAGACAUGAUGCCCGAAGAAGGGCUCCCAAAACGUUUAGCUGAAAUAUCUUCACUUGGAAUUUAAAAACUUGCACUGAAUUGCGAGUUCUGCCCCUCUCUGCCCUGGGCCUUCAUUCCACUGGGGAGACCUUUGUCUAAAUUUGUGUCAGUGCAAUUAUCGAUGCAAAAAUGCUGUUGGAAGGAGAAGCAAAGGCGAGGUGGAAGCCUCUAGUCAUCCAGGAUAUUUUCUGAAACACGCCACAGAAUGUUUGGCUUGUGGUGAUGAUCUUUGAAGAGGAUUAUAGGGAUAUUUUCAGGGGCUUCCUUCAGCUCAUAGAAGCUAGUUGAACAGUUAUUUGGACCUUGACUAUCGUGCAUUUUAUGUAUAUUUUAAAUAGUUUUUAAAAAUCUUAAUGUGGUUUCUGUGCACCUGAAAAGAAAUACAGAGCACAUAUCUAAAUUUUGGACCAACUUGCCUUUGUCAACUAAGUAAAUUUAUUUUGCUGAAUUCAAUAAUGUGAGGCUUUUCAAUUUUGCUUGUUUGCUUUGGCACCUUUCAGAAACCUUUGGAACCAUUCGUUGGUACGGUUCGUCUGCCUCACCAUUUCACAGAUGACAUCCAUAAGGUCGUAGUAUUCACAGCGGUGAGUUACAGCAUGUUGCUGCAAUGCCUCCUUGGGUUUGUAUGUAUAGGUUAGUCAGGCAAGUGUUUUGAGGCAGUGGCCUCGAUGCCACUCUUGCAGAAUCUAGCAGAUAUCUCACCGUUUUGGAUAUAUCCGGAAGGUUUUCUAAAUGUAUAUUUUAUUCUCCGUGGUGUGUGUUUGGUACAGUGUGUUCUAGAUUAUGAUGUUCCUGAGAAGACUUGAGCCAGAGCUUGAUCUUGGAAUGGGUGAAGUGAUUGUUGACAUUUCCAUUCCACCUUAAGGAGCAGACGUGUGGAACAGUUGCGUGUCACAUGUCUGUUUACAUUCCAUCACAGCUUGCUGGGAACUUCCGUUGUGUAUAGCUUUUGUGGUUCUCUCUGAGACGACGAGAGAGAGAGACGACAUGUUUCUUUGUCCUGAUUUAUGAUGCUGUAGUUGUAGUAUCCUUCCAGAAGCCUCACGCCUAUUCUGGUGUGCGCAGUUCUAUCUGCUGAUAGUGUGCCCUGGCUGAGUAAGCCCGGGUUGCUGAUUUACAUUGGAGCAAAGGUGAUGGUCUUCGCAGCGGGACAGCUGGAAGGAGACGGCCCAGCUGGGGCUAGCCAGCUGGCCUCCCAGCCGUCUGCAUGCUGACAGUGAUAUCAGAGAAUGUUCAAAGUACUUCACAUCCAUAACCCCUUACAACAGCCCUAUUAAGUGGGACUGGGCAGAAGGAAAACCGGAGUCUGCUGGUGGACCUGUCAAAUAGCCAGCAGAUCAUCCUGGUUCUGUUGGGUGCUGUGAUUCCUGCAAAAUAUGCUCAAUUAACUUGACCUUUGGCCAUCCAAGGCACUUUUUAAAGCAUUAAUGCAUGCUCAAGAUUUCUAACUGCUUAGCUGAUACCUCAAGAGAUCAUGGCCGUGCCCAUUGUGCCCAUCCAACUUCUGGUGCACUCAUUGGGGUCACCCAGUCAAAACACACCUAUAACUUAGCCAGAGGGGAGGGGGUCUGCAUUUCCUACCUAGCAGCACCUCCACCUGCCUAAGAAAGCCUUGAAGAAAUGCCAGCUGUAUGGGAAAAUAUCUAGUGCUCCUAUUGUCUUCAUUCUGAACUUUCGUUUCCUUACAGGAUGCAGAGCAAGCUGCUCUAGCAAGAGAAAAUGGAGCUACAUUUGCAGGAGGGACUGAAUUAAUCAAGCCGGUAAUUAACAGAUGACAUUAAUUAAGUACUGUGAGAAGACCUAAAGAAAAGUAGAAAGCAUCUACGUAAUCUGAAAUCAGUUCUUUUAAUCUUUCUCACUUUUGAUCAUUUGUAUCUUGUCUUGCGGGAGAAACCCAUUCAGAUAGGUGGAGUAUAAAUAAAAUUAUUAUUAUUAUUAUUAUUAUUAUUAUUAUUAUUAUUAUUACAAGCAGCCAGGUUGCUGCCAUUCAAAAGAGUCCACUGCCAGAACCUACUGAGAUACAUGUAUUAUGUUACUUCCUGCUCCUUUUUUUGAGAUCACAUUUCUCCCCAGUAUAGCUACCCUUAUCAUUGUUUGUGGUGCCACUCAAGGCUGCUGUAAUUCUGGAGGUACUAGGAAGGCAAACAGGAUCCCACAACUUCAGAAGGUUAGAAUCUAAAGUAUAUUUUCAGAUUCCUUAUAAGUGCAGAGAUAUAUUGGCAUCAAGGGUCUCCUGAAGUUGUUGCAGAACAGAAUUUUAAAGUCUGUUAUAAAUUCCCUUAAAAUGUACCUCUUCUGGGUUUUGUGUGUAUGUGCAUAUGUUUCUUUUAAGGGAUUCUGCCAACUGAAAUGAAGAUAUAUUUGUAAUUUUCUAAUUAUUGGCUCAAAUUGAUGCAUGUAUGUCAGGACGGGUUACCCAAGAUUUGCCCAGACACCGAGGUCCACCUCCAAGGGCCUUUUGGUGGUUCCCGCAUUCUGAGGAGUGAAGUUAAAGGAAACCAGGCAGAGGACAUACUCAGCAAUAGCACCCACCCUGUGGAAUGCCCUCCCAGCACAUGUCAAGCAGAUAAAUAACUAUACAACUUUUAGAAGACAUCUUUUAGAAGCCCUGUAUUAGGAAGUUGUUAAUGCUUGACGUUUGUUUACCAUGUUUUUAUAUGUUCUAGAAGCCACCCAGAGUGGCUGGGGAAACCCCAGGCCGAUGGGCGGAGUAUAAAUGAUAAAAUUAUUAUUAUUAAAAUGUGUUCUCAGCUGAAUAGUUGCAUCUCUCUGUUUCAGAGUUUAGAUUAGAACAAAUGAUUCAGCAUUUUGAUUUCUUGGUUGGGUGUUUUUCCAGAAUGAGGAUGCCUCCUGCGAACCAAAAAAAUAGAAUUUCAAAUAUUUGUAUAUACAGAUUGCUUUAGCCUCUUUGGCUCAUGCCAGAGUAGGACCUUGACAUGCUGUGAUAUUGUUAUGUCUUGAAAAUUAUUUAGCCAAUUGUGCUGCAAUUUUCACAUGGAGAAACUUGCUGUCUUUCGAUUUCAGCAAAUGCUGUCCCUGGUUGUAGUGGGAAUGUACUGUAAUAUUCCCUACAAGCUACACAUUAUGAGACAGAAAAUAGAGGCCGUUCCACUUCACUUUUUUUUUUUGUCCUAGAACUGAGAGUGCACAAAGUAAAUAUUUGCCUCAGCUGCAGAAUGAUCAUGAACAUUGUGGUCAUUUAUGCAGAAGCAAAGAAAAAGCAGCCCUCCUGCUUUCAAAUGAAAAUAAAUGCCCUUCUUUUUGCACUAGCAUUGUCUGAGUAUUAUUGAAGCUUAUAUGUUAGAUUGCCAUCUUGACAAAUCAUUAAAUAUUUGUCUCCAACACGGGGUAGUUGCGUAUCUGAUAAAGUAGACCAAACCCUUACUACUUUAUGUGUAAGAAACACGUUCUUGCUGCCGUUUGUAGCCGUUGAAAAAGUUAUCGUCAGCUUCUGAAUGUUAUGACUUCUGGCCUUGAUGCUAAGCUUUGAACUUUAAGCGAUAUAUUUGCAUCAUUGCUUUCAUGGGAGGGGUAAGUGAAUCCCCACUGGGAGACCGUCUCAUGAAGGACAUUGAUAUAGGAGCAGCAAAAAACAAGGAAGGAAACGUAGGUCCAUCUGAGAAACAGCAGCUAAACAGAACUAGCAUGGGAAAGGGCUGUUGUGCAUGGCCUGGUGCUAUGAUUAUCCUGUUUUAAAGAGGAUGCAGCUCCCAGCUUUGCUUCAGCAUGAGGACAAAUGUAAAGGUAAAGGGACCCCUGACCAUUAGGUCCAGUCGUGACCAACUCUGGGGUUGCGGCGCUCAUCUCGCUUUAUUGGCCGAGGGAGCCGGCGUACAGCUUCCGGGUCAUGUGGCCAGCAUGACUAAGCCGCUUCUGGCGAACCAGAGCAGCGUACGGAAACACCCUUUACCGUAUUUUUCGCCCCAUAGGGCGCACCGGACCAUAGGGCGCACCUAGUUUUGGGAGGAGGAAAACAAGAAAAAAUUAUUCUGAAUCCCAGAAGCCAGAACAGCAAGAGCGAUCUGGCUUCUGGAAUACCGUGUGGCUGUUCUGGCUUCUGGGAUAACCACGCCAAGCCUCUUCAGGGCAGCGGGAUGAAGGCUUCCCCUGCCCGAAGAGGCUGCGCAGGGCUAAGGCAGAAGCCAGGACAGGCGCGUCGCUUCAGCGAAGCUGGAGAAGGAACAGAAGGAGACCCUUCUGUUCCUCCUCGGGCUUCCAGGACAGGUGCAUCGCUCAAGGGGCGCUGUGCCUUCUCUCUCUCUUCGCAGCGCCUCUCCUUCACAGAAGAGGUGCUGCGCAGAGAGGGAGAAGGUGCGGCGCCCUUCAGCGGUUCUCUUCCUCCUCUGGCUUCGCAUGACAGGCGUGUUGCUGUGAAGCGGGAGGAGGAACAGAAGGAGUCCCUUCUGUUCCUCCUCCGGCUUCGCAUGACAGGCGCUCGCAGUUCUCUCUCUCUGCGCAGCGCCUCUCCUUCACAGGAGAGGCGCUGCGCAGAGAGGGAGAAGGCGCAGCGCCCCUUCAGCGAAGCUGGAGAAGGAACAGAAGGAGACCCUUCUGUUCCUCCUCUGGCUUCCAGGUCAGGCGUGUCGCUGCGAAGCCAAGGAGCCUGCAUUCACUCCAUAGGACACACACACAUUUCCCCUUCAUUUUUGGAGGGGGAAAAGUGCGUCCUAUAGAGCGAAAAAUACGGUACCUUCCCGCUGGAGUGGUACCUAUUUAUCUACUGGCACUUUGACGUGCUUUCAAACUGCUAGGUUAGCAGGAGCAGAGACUGAGCAACGGGAGCUCACCCAUCGCGGGGAUUCGAACCGCUGACCUUUUGAUCAGCAAGUCCUAGGCUCUGUGGUUUAACCCACAGCGCCACCCGCGUCCCACAGGACAAACAUAGCUACCACAUUUUCGUCCUUGUUACCUUUGUGCAAGGAUGAGAAGCUCGUGGCCCAUCCCACGUUGCCAGACUACAGCUCCCAUCAUCCCUGACUAUUGCCCAUGCUGGCCGGGGCUGGUGGGAGUUGAAGUCCCCUAGAGGACCACAGCUUCAUCUCUUCUCUCUCCCCCGCUUGCUCUUCUUCGGCCUAGCAAGGAAGUAAGGAGGCAAAUUGGGUGUUCGUUUUUUUUAUUACAGUGAAUGCUUGGGUUGCGAACGUGAUCCGUGUGGGAGGCACGUUCGCAACCCGCAGCGCCGUGUCUGCACACACGGGGGUUGUAAUUUGGUGCUUCUGCGCAUGCGCAAAGUGCGAUUUAGCACUUCUGCGCAUGCAUGAUCGCCGAAACCCGGAAGUAACCCGUUCCGGUACUUCCAGGUUUUGGUGCGUCCGUAACCCGAAAAAACGCAACCUGAAGCAUCUGUAAACCGAGGUAUGACUGUAUUGACUUUUGCUAGACUUAAUUUCUAAAAGGGACAUAAGCUCAAAUCAUAAUAAUCUUUUCUUCUUUCCUGCCAGAUUUUGGAUGGUGAAAUCAAGGCAGAUUUUUAUGUUGGCGUGCCGACGAUGUCAUCCAAGAUUACUCCUCUAAGGGGGAUGCUGAAGCAAAGGUUCCCAAGGACCAGAAAUGGUGAGGGUCAAAAUUUUAGUGAGCAUGCUGUGUCUCCUUAAGAAUGUAAGGCUACAACACUGUAGACACUUGCGUGAGUGUAACCUUCCUUUCCAGUAAUUAUAUCUGAGGUUUUUCUGUAGGAAGCAUUUUCAACUUUCAACAAACCCCAUAAAGCAGGUGUGAAAUCAGCUGCAGACACACCCGAUAAUGUUCCACGAGCCACAUCGAUAGGCCGAUUUAUUAGGCUGUCUGUCAUCAUGCUUUUUAUUAUGUUCUUAUCAUGUUUUUAGCAUUGAUGUUCUGUAAUGUGUUUUUAAGGUUGCACACUGCCCUGGGAUAUUUUGAUAAAGGGCAUUAUACAAAUUGUAACAGCGACAACAAUCGGAUAUGCAGUUGUUGCACAGGAGGCAGGCCAGGAGCAGGGAGUCUGUGGCCCUCCAGAACUGCAACUCCCACCACUCCUAAACAUGGGAGUUGUAGUUCAGCAAGAUCUGGAAGGCCUAAAGGUCUCGGCCUCCAUUUGUUAAGCCUUUGAGGAGUCACGGGACUCUUCCUGCAAAAGGCUUAGCACAGGGGACGGGGCGGGAACGGGGAAUUUCCACUGCACUUGUGUGGAAGUUUCUCUGUGAUUUAGUUGAAUGCAACCCUAAGCCUUAAUGGUGAUUAGCUGCCGCAGCGUAAGGGUGCUGAGAGAAUCCUGCAGAGCAAGGAGUGGUUGUAAAAGGGAUCAAGGGGGCAGGAUACCCCUUCUUCCUCAGUGGAGCCCUUGUCCUCUAGGGAUCAGGCAAGAAGAAGUGGAGGUCAGCUGUUGGGCUGCAUUGCAAGAUUUUAAACAUGAAUGCCAGUUCCUCCCCCCGUUACCUAGAUUGGGAACCUGCUCAACUUGCAAAUGUUGGCCAUAGCAAGGCUUUGCCGUGCAGACAGGGAAUGAUACUCUAAGGGACAUGGGUGGCGCUGUGGGUUAAAGCACAGAGCCUAGGACUUGCCGAUCGGAAGGUCGGCGGUUUGAAUCCCCUCGACGGGGUGAGCUCCCGUUGCUUGGUCCCUGCUCCUGCCAACCUAGCAGUUCAAAAGCAUGCCAAAGUGCAAGUAGAUAAAUAGGUACCGCUCCAGCGGGAAGGUAAAUGGCGUUUCCGUGUGCUGCUCUGGUUCGCCAGAAGCGGCUUAGUCAUGCUGGCCACAUGUACGCUGUACACCGGCUCCCUCGGCCAAUAAAGCGAGAUGAGCCGCAACCCCAGAGUCGGCCAUGACUGGACCUAAUGGUCAGGGGUCCCUUUACCUUUACUAAUGAUACUCUGCAUACAGGUCCCCACUGUGGCGUGUGACGUGCUUCUCAGCCUCACCAAAGAAUGCCUGUUGACACACAGCUCUGUUUGUCCUGCAGCAUUUGUCUUGACACCUCCCUUCACCUCUUUCCCCAUUUUGAACUAGGUUCACUCAGUUACGACAUUCUCCAGAUGCUCGAGUUCUUUAAAGUGUGCCACGAAUACGAAGUGGAGAACGGUAACCUCAUCCACACACCCAUCGGAAUGGUAAGUUUCACAAGGGAUUUUGGCAGCCUGUCCAGCCGAAUUCGAGCCGUUGUUAAUCAUUUACCAAAAGUACGCACAGGUACACAGCUUUCGUUCUUCGUUUGCUCCGUUGCAUUUCAGGAACACUUCGAAAUGGGUCAUCCCACAGGACAGUCAGUUAGGAGGGAAAGUCUGCAAAUCAUUACCCUCUGCUAACGUAAGAGGUUUCCUUUCUGAAUACACCAGAAAGCAAGGUUUACAUUACGUUUGCAAGGAGCAGCCCCUUAAUAAUAUACAUUAAUAGCCUGCCCUGUCCUAAAAGCCCAGGGUGGGUAGCAAACUGUCAGUAUUUCUCAGAUUAUGGGAUAGUCCCCUGGGCAGCGGGGGGUGGUGACUCAGUUAUCUGAGUGGAUUUGCCUCUGUAAAACAUAAUGUACAAAAUGGCAUUGGAAUGCAGUGUCGAGGUGACAUUCAGCAACAGCCUAGUUGCAAUACCUGGCAGAAAACUAUGUGUUCUAAAAAUCGGAUUGUCAGCUAGUUAAAGAAAUCUUAGUGACUUUAAUCAUAUGCCUUUUAAUUUAAUAAAGCUACACAUGAAUAAAAAGCAAGACACAUACUUUGUUUGACAGUGUACCAGUGCUUUGUGGCCCGUCAGCUUAGACGAGGCACUUCCACUCACAGGAAGACAGAGUCAGCUGCUUGCGUUUCUAAAAUACAUUCUGUAUAUUAAAAACAAUUUUGUGUUCAGAUCUGCUUGGCCACCUGUGGAUCUGGCGAGUGCCAGAAAUAUACAGUCAUACCUCGUGUUGUGUCCGCUUCAGGUUACGUGUUUUCGUGUUGUGACCUGCGGCAGUACCAGAAACGGUUACUUCCAGGUUUUGCUGCUUGCACGUGUGCGGAAGUGCUAAAUCGUGCCGUGCGCAUGCUCAGACACAGCGCUUCGGCCUGCGUCAGUUCCAUGUUGCGGACGGGCCUCCAGAACAGAUCCUGUCCGUAACACGAGGUUCCACUGUAGUUGGAACUCUAUGGGAAAGUCUUCAGAGUUUCCAAGAUGAGAUUGUCAGUGUGGCCACAUACGUGAGUCUGAAGCGAGGGAAGAGAGAGAGCUGUUCUCCCUAUUUGCUGCUUCUCAGUGGCCUAGGGCACAGGGGAACUCUCCUAUGUGCCUACCAGAAAGCACAUUUUUUUUGAAGAAAUAUUUAUUUAGUGGCUGGGCUAGGAUGAAGAACCUCCCAUUUACUCCCUAAAGGCACUCCACUGUCAGAGGCUUUGAAUACCAGUUGCUGUGAAUCACCAGUGGGAAAAGGGUCCUGCUUUCGGGUUUCCCAUAGGCAUCAAAUUGGCCACUGUGUGAAUGGGAUGCUGGACUAGGUAGGCCUUUCCCCAAUUCAGCAGAGCUCUUCUUACACUCUUGGUCUCCCCUCACUCUUCCUCUACAUCAGUGUUUCCCAAACCUGGGUCUCCAGCUGUUUUUUGGACUACAGUUCCCAUCAUCCCUGACCACUGGUCCUGCUAGCUAGGGAUGAUGGGAGUUGUAGUCCAAAAAACAGCUGUGGAGAUCCAAAUUUGGGACCCCUGCUCUACACUGGGAAAGUCUUCUGUACUAAAUCAGCCUUACAACCUGUGGCCUUUUCAAGUGUCUUUGUGUGGGAGAGAGGUAUUGCUUGCGUUUGCUAAGUGUGUUGUGGGUUUUUGUGUUUUCCAUGUUGCAAACCGCCCUGCAAAGUCUCCCAGGGCCAAUUCAGACUGCCAGCCUCAACCUCUUCCUGAACAAUACUGCCCCAAUAUUUGUGUAGGAUAGGUGUGGGGGACCUUUGGCCCUCCAGAAGUUGCAGAACUGCAACCCUAGUCAUCCCAGGCCAUUGGCUACAUGCUUGCUGGGGCUGAUAUGGGAGAUGUAGUUCAUCAAAACCUGGAGGGCUGGUGGUUUCGCCACAGCUGAUGCUCCAUGUCAGUCCUCAGCCCUUUGUUGAUGAGAUGCUAUGGAAUGUUCACAAACAGUUUUGCUUGCAGAUGAGAAUUUUACAAUCCAUGGCUGAUCUUUGUGCAGUAUGUAUUUUUCUCUCAAUACGUAUUUUAACUAAGACUGAUAGAUUGAUUUACUUCAGACCACAGCUUCUGUCUGACCAGUUUGCCUUCCUCUCCUUCCCUUUACCCCCAAGGAGAUGAUGUUUGCCCUAGGCUCCCAGGCUGCUUGUUGCAUAUUAAACCUUACAGAUUUGAUUUUAUCUGAGGACUUACAUAUUGAGAGCCAAUCACAUAGCAGGCAGCCUAAGCAGGGGGUAUAUACACCUAUAUAUUUACAGUGGUUGAGUUGGAGUACAAAUAUAUCUUUUUUCCCCACAGCCGAAUAUCUUUAAGCUAAUGACGCUAAUGGCAUUUAUGGCACUUUGCAUCUUUAAUAGAGAGGAAAAUGUCCCCCCCCCCUUUUAUUAAAAAACAAAAGCCCAGAACUCUGAUUAAAUAUUUACCCCAGCCGCUGCAGUUUUUAUUAAUCCGGGAGCGUUUAAUGUUUUCUGCUUCAUUAAUUUUGCAUUAACUUCUUUCAGCUGGAUAUGCCUAAUGAUCAGAUCGUUGCCAAUCUGGAUGCGGUUAUUAAAGACGUUUGUAAAUACAAACCUUUGAGCUAUGGUAAGCUGCUCUUCUCUUUUAGUCCCUUAAUUGACACUAAAAGCUAAUUAUAUUACACAGAUGAAUAAAGGGAGCACCUUUCUAGCACCGAGGAGGGGAAAUGACUUUAUUAUUAUUUUUAUAAAAAAAAACCCCACACAGACAAGCCCAGCAAUAAGGAACACUUAACAGGCAGCGCUAUGUCAAGAGGGAUGUACUUAAAGGAUAUCGUUAACAGUAGUAAGCCUGCUUCUUUUCUUUCAGAGGGAAGCUUUUGGAAGCUAUUUUCUCAUCCUCUUGGAAUAGUGUGUGACGUUUUCUUGGCUCCAGCCUAAUCCAGGCAGCUUUUGAAACAUCAAGCACCAUCUUUUUGCAGAUUCCUAUGGAAUGGCUUUGAAAAGUCCUAGUGCAAAUUUUGAUAUAGGUCUCUUUUAAAAAAAUAUAUAUAUAUAUAUUAUCUGAAAAGUUUAAGGUGGGAUAUGUCCCUAAAUUUGCAAGUGCUGAUAUAUAUUCAGUCCCUGUAUAGGACAGCUGCAUAUUCCUGCAAUGAUCCUCAGAGUCCCUUCCAACUCUUCUAUGAUUUAAGCAGUUUGGUUUUGCCUUAGGGAAGUCAUUUUAAAAAGAGAUCAUAGAAUCAUAGAAUCAUAGAGUUGGAAGGGACCACAAGGGCCAUCGAGUCCAACCCCCUGCCAAACAGGAAACACCAUCAGAGCACUCCUGACAUAUGGUUGUCAAGCCUCUGCUUAAAGACCUCCAAAGAAGGAGACUCCACCACACUCCUUGGCAGCAAAUUCCACUGUCGAACAGCUCUUACUGUCAGGAAGUUCUUCCUAAUGUUUAGGAUGGUGUUGGCAGUUAAGGACAUACACUUUAGGCUGGAAUCCCCAGUUCCAGCCUCAGCUUGGCUAUGAAUUUAGAUGGGGUGCCCUUGCACACACCUGCAAUAUGGGACUUUAAAGUCACUGUACUGGAUGAAACGAGAAACACUAUACAAAUGCUAAUUGGAUGGUUGUCAUUCAGCCCUUGCACCCUCUCCACUGCUAUAAAGGCUAGAGCGGCAACCCCCACUUGGCCACCUUAGCAAAUACCUUCACAUUGACCUCGUGUGAGAAAGCUGGGUGGUCCUGGGACCCAGUAGCAUCUCUAAAAAUUUCAACCAGCGUAGCCUUUGACCUAGUUCAGAAGGAGCAACCAACCAACCAAUCUGUCCAGGAAUCCACUAGAGCCUGGUCUCCCACCUUCCCCCUGCAUUCAAAGGAAAGAGAUUUAAAGCUUCUGUUUUAGAAGAAACCAUAAUUAUUAUUUUUUUGUUCAUCUGAACUUGGCAAACAGUGGUUUGUUCAAAGCAUCAUGCAUCAAGGAAGGAUGGUUUGGUAUCCUGACCUGUUAAGAAACUGUGGUUUGAACAAACCGCUGUUUAUGCCGAGUUCAGACACGACAACAAACAGUUUAUUCUAAAAUAUGAACAGCCAUGGCUCCUCCUGCCGUGCACGGAGAAGGAGGGUGCAAACCCCAGGCUCAUGCACGUAAUAAAACCCAUGGUUGGGUGUGACAUUUAUACGGGGCCUCUAUACUCCAUUGUCCUGGAGAUUUCUGCCUGCUGUUCCUUUGCCCUUUUCCAGCUAAUAUAGGAUAGGCACCAAGAAUAAAGAUAACCCAGACAGGGACUGGCAGCCAUUCUGUUCUCUGCUUGUGUUAAGCCUUAUACCUCCUUGAGUAGAAGUCACAUAAUAAACAUUAACACGGCAGUGAAGAGUGCUCAGGUUCGAAUCCCCGUGACGGGGUGAGCUCCCGUUCCUCGGUCCCUGCUCCUGCCAACCUAGCAGUUCGAAAGCACAUCAAAGUGCAAGUAGAUAAAUAGAUACCGCUUCGGCGGGAAUGUAAACGGCGUCUCCGUGCGCUGCUCUGGUUAGCCAGAAGAGGCUUAGUCAUGCUGGCCACCUGACCUGGAAGCUGUACGCCGGCUCCCUCGGCCAAUAAAGUGAGAUGAGCGCCGCAAUCCCAGAGUCAGCCACGACUGGACCUAAUGGUCAGGGGUCCCUUUACCUUUUAAAGAGUGCUCAGAGCACUCCAUGCACAUUAUCUCAGGGAUAUUUGCAAUUGUUGGAUCAAUCCAUCAACCUCUGAUGGAUGAUUUAGAAGGACUGGGUCCGGCAUAACUUUCACUGCCUGUGUGUGCCAGGAUCUAUCCUCUGCAGAGUUGCAUCUCAAUGCAUCUCCUUCCUUGGAAGCGUCUUUGGGGUUGAAGGUACACAAAGUAGGCAAUAAACACUCAUGGACGCCAUAAAGAUUCAGUCAAGUGUAGAAGUUUACUUGACAGGCAUUAAAGCAUAUUGGUAGCAAAUAUAUACAGACAUUCACCCCUGCCGUGGUCAGAGUCUAACAAAAGUCCAAGACACACACUCUAUGCUUCUCUCACUGCAAGCAAGAGACUCACAACAAGUUACACAGAACCGUUGUUAUCAGCACUUCCUGUCACGCUGCGCAUUUCCAAAGAACAGUCCCCGCAGAAAAAGUCCUUGCAUAGACAAAACAAUCUCGGCCUUCUGCUGCUUCUUGAAACUUAUCCUCUGUUCCUCUCUGUUUCUGGAACAAAUAAUUCCCUCCCUCACACAGAGACAAUAUCCAACAGUAAUAACGUUGAAAGGCCGGUGAGAAUUUCUCCCCCCAUAUUGCAGCUCAGGGGUAGCUAACUUUUUUUAUCCUCAGGGCUACAUUAAAGGUGGUCCUGACUUUCAAGAGCUGGCGGGGGCAGGAGGUGGGGGGGGAGAUGCAAGAGGUUAAAGGUAAAGUUAAAAGGACCCCUGACCAUUAGGUCCAUUCAUGGCCGACUCGGGGGUUGCGGCACUCAUCUCGCUUUAUUGGCCGAGGGAGCCAAUGUACAGCUUCCGGGUCAUGUGGCCAGCAUGACUAAGCCGCUUCUGGCUAACCAGAGCAGUGCACGGAAACGCCAUUUACCUUCCCACUGGAGCGGUACCUAUUUAUCUACUUGCGCUUUGCCGUGCUUUCGAACUGCUAGGUUGGCAGGAGCAGGGACCGAGCAACGGGAGCUCACCCCGUCGCGGGGAUUCACUGACCUUCUGAUUGGCAAGUCCUGGGCUCUGUGGUUUAACCCACAGCGCCCUGAAAAUGGCUGGUGGGGGUGGGGAAAGAAGCCUAUCCACUCCCAUCAAUCAUAGAUCCAUGGUGUAACAGGGCCUUUUGGGGGGUGGGUGGGUAUAAUCCCAUCCCCACCGUUAUUGUGGGUGCACCUCCCCAUGCAAGUUAAUGGUAAGCACAAUCUCUCCAUUAAUUUGCAUGGGGUGUGUGGAAGAGGCUUUCCUCCUAACCUGCUAUGGGAAGGAAAUUGUGGACUGGCAGGCCACUUCGAAAGGCUUUUGUGGGCCCGAUCUGGUUCUCAUGUUCACCCUGCCUUACAGGAUAACUACCCCUGGAUAAUCUGAGCACGUUACUCUCCUUUUCAGACUGCAGAACACUGCGCCCCAACACAAAUGUGUUUUUAAUCCAUUUUCAGUGCACCAUAGAAAUUGUGUCUCCUGUUGCUGCUUCCCUUUUUCUCUUCAGCUAAGCUUUGAAAUUUUGGGGCUUUCCAGCUCACACUUUUAAGCUACUCCACAACACCAGCUCAACAAUCAAAUUGAAAGCCAAGGUUUGCCACUAGAUACUGUAAAUAACCGUGUUUAACGCAGUCUGAAGUAACGCAGACUGCCACAUUCACAAUCCCAGCAUGGAAGCAGGGUCUUCUCUUGUCGCCAGAUGUGGAGGUGAAAGAGCUCAAUCUAUCAGAUAUCAAUUCGGUUGACGGCAGCAAACUUUUAUUUUUACGCAUUUCAUUACAGCAUUUAGGUCAAAGCUAAGUUUCUCAGCCAAAGCUGAGAACAGAUACAUGAUGUCCAUGUUCCAUAGGCAAGUUUAGUACAUUCCUAAAUCUCUCACACUGAAAUUUAAGAGCCUUAAAAGUGCUUUACUUUUGGCUAGGCCUGACCCUGUACUAUUUUCUACAACACUUUUAAUAACUUGAGGACAGUGUGAUCAGUGUUCUAGAUCUCGCAGCGCAUGCUGUUUGGCUUGUCAGCAAGAGCACCAAAGUGAUAAGCUGGGUUUUUCCUCCCCCUUUUCUUUUUUUCUAGGCCCGUUUGUGACACACUUGAGCAUUUGCAGUUCAACAAGCGAAAGCUUGGAUUUAAAAGUUGAGCGCUUUCUUCCCAAAAGAACUGUGAAAGAGAAAGCGGAAGAGAAGGUGAAAGACGAUGACAGCGAUGAUGACGAAGAAGAAGAAAGGCAGAAGUCCAGCUAACUUGAGUGUUGCACAAAUGUCUAUCUUUCUCUCUGUACAAAACCCUUUUACAGAAGCAAAUCUGUGACAGCGUCCUAAUCUGUGUACAGGGGCCUUGCGGCAGUGCAAGACCUCCCAACUGUUCUCCUGUCAGGGCAUAAGGAAUUGGCAAUAAGAUGUAUUUUAAAAGUUUUUAUUGAGAGUCCAACCUGAUAUUUGGGGAGCCAAUUGUUUUAUGAAAAUGUCUUGCAUAGCAGCACCUCUCUCAGUUCAUAUGAGUAGUUGUACUGCCCUAUUCCCUUUGACUAUAAAUGAACAGUCAUUGUUCAAUUUGUGUGAGUGUGUAUAUGUCUUCGAAGGAGAUUUACAGAAGCCGUUCUGGUUUCUGAUUUGAUCCCUGAAUGUCCUGCUCUUCUUUAGGACAUCCAAAUGUUGGAGGGUAUGGAGUUAUGUGACCCCCAAGCCAAGGAAUGUAAAAUCUCUCCUCUCCCUUGUUACUCCAGUCAUUUGUGUAAUCAACAUAAGAAUUGAUUGCAUCAUUCCAAAUACAUGUUUGUUUGCUUGUUUUUUAAAAAACCCACUAGAUUCUGUUGUGGCCUCAUCAGUUGGUCUGUCUUUUUGUUUCUUAAUUUAGCACAUUGACACGUUACCAUGACAGAUUUCACGCAAGUGUCUGUCUAAACGCCCUCAUCCUGCAUGAAUUCCUAGGACAAUGCUAGCUGCUAAGAUCCAGCAUGAUCUUGAAGUCACUUGGAGACCUGAAUUCAGAUCCCACCCCAGGUCCACAAACUGGGUGUCAUUGGACAAACCAGUUUCUCAAUCUUGGUUCCUCUACUUUGACAUGUCUGGUUCUCUUAAAUCCUUACAAGAACUGGUCCGAGAGGUAAAAAAAAAAAUCUUGUGCUGCCACGAAGCAGAGGAGUAUAUGAAGAUCUGUGCUGGAUCAGACCAAAGGAUAAUCUGGUCUGGCUUCCUGUCCUCGCAGUGGCCAACCUGAUGUCUAUGAAAGCCCACAAGUAGAACAUGAGACCUAUAGUUGGUUCACAUGCUUGGUACUUGGGUUGGUUAGCAAUAAGAACACAAUUUAAAAACAAACGAUAAAAAUGUAAUAUUAAAGUAGGUAAAGGUAAAGGUACCCCUGCCCGUACGGGCCAGUCGUGUCCGACUCUAGGGUUGUGCGCCCAUCUCACUUAAGAGGCCGGGGGCCAGCGCUGUCCGGAGACACUUCCGGGUCACGUGGCCAGCGUGAC